AGGCGACUCCCAGUGCGCUCUACGUUAUCCGAAUCGUUUUUGUUUGCUUGUUUGCUUGCAAGCGGGCACGAGUCGCUUGUCUUCACGUGGAAGUGAAUCGGCUUCUGAACAAUGGGUUUCUACACGUGCGGUCCCAAUGAGGCAAUGGUGGUGUCUGGCUGUGGCCGUUCCCCUCCCAUCACUAUUACAGGUGGCCGAGUUUUCGUUUGGCCAGUCAUCCAGCAAUUGCAAAGGAUUUCUCUCAACACCAUGACUCUGAAUGUGAGGAGCGAGAAAGUUUACACGCGACAGGGCGUGCCCAUCUCGGUGACGGGAAUAGCGCAGGUGAAGAUACAAGGACAAAACAAGGAUAUGUUAGCAGCUGCUUGCCAGAUGUUUCUGGGAAAAGGGGACGAGGAGAUAAGCCAGAUCGCUUUGGAGACACUGGAAGGACACCAGCGUGCAAUCAUGGGCAACAUGACCGUGGAGGAAAUCUACAAGGAUCGUAAGAAGUUCUCCCAGGAGGUGUUCCGCGUGGCUUCUUCUGAUCUCCUCAACAUGGGCAUCAGCGUGGUGAGCUACACUCUCAAGGAUGUCCGUGACGAUGAGGACUACCUCAAGUCACUGGGCAAAGCACGUACAGCCCAGGUGCAGCGAGACGCACGCAUCGGAGAGGCAGAAAUGAAGCGAGAUGCCGGCAUCAAGGAAGCCAUGGCGGUGGAGCAGAAAGUGGCUGCCCAGUACCUGAACGAGAUUGAAAUCGCCAAAGCUCAGCUCGAGUUCGAGCUGAAGACGGCUGCCUAUGACAUGGAAGUCAAUACCCAAAAGGCACAGGCGGACCUGGCUUAUCAGCUGCAGGUGGCAAAGACCAAGCAGAAGAUCGAAGAGGAGAAAAUGCAGAUCCUGGUGGUGGAGCGCACCCAGCAGAUCUUGGUGCAGGAGCAGGAGAUUCUGAGACGCGAGAAGGAGUUGGAUGCCAAGAUCAAGAAACCGGCUGAGGCGGAGAAGUAUCGUUUGGAGAAAUUGGCUGAGGCGGGAAGAGCUCGCGUGAUAAUGGAAGCGGAAGCAGAGGCUGAGUCCAUAAAGAUCAAGGGGGAGGCAGAGGCUUAUGCCAUUGAGGCCAAGGCCAAGGCUGAGGCAGAGCAGAUGAUGCAGAAAGCCCAGGCCUUCAAGGACUAUGAAGAGGCUGCCAUGGUGGACCUGCUGCUGGAGACAUUGCCUAAGAUUGCCACAGAGGUUAGCCAGCCACUGAGCAAGGCAAGGAAGGUGACGAUGAUUUCCAGCGGUGGUGGGGAGGUGGGAGCCUCAAAGCUGACGAGCGAGGUGCUGGACAUCAUGAGCAAGCUGCCCGAGAGCGUGGAGAGACUGACCGGCGUGAAAAUCUCGCAGAUUGCAAGAAUUAAGUGAGCGGAACUGGAUCAAAAAGAAGUCCUAUAACCUGCUUGUUCUACAGCACUGUUACCUCUCAUAGCUUUUAUGGUGAUCUUUAUUGGUGUGCAGAAGCCAGAUUUGUGGUUUUUGAAAGUGAGAAAAAAAUCCAGAAAACAUGGUCAUAAAACAUAACUUGCAGACUAUUUGAUUGUUAUGUUUUAACGUGGCAUUUAUCAACUGUGCAGCUAGUUGGAUAAUCAUAAUUACACCCACAAUUUCUCAGAAAGGCUUUUAUAACCUUUUACAAUUUAUAAUUGCAGAGCCCUAACAAAAUGUGUAAUACGCUUUUUAUAUUGAAGCUUUGCCAGGAGAAAAGCAGCAAAUGGCAGAUAAAAUCGUAUUGUGCUUUGUUGAUUUUGAAGUGAUGGAGUAUGCAUUGACAUUGUUUUUAGAAAUCGCCUAUAUUUCAUCACCAGGUAGUGCUAAGGCGGUAUGCGCUUUAAGAUCUAUAGGAUGAAAUGCGCAUUAUAAAUGUGAAUUAAUACUGCUAAAAGGUAAUUUAUUAAUCAUACAUUUGCAGCCAAAUUAAUGUGGUAAUAGGUGGCUUCAUUUUCCUUUUCAAUGCCAUUCUGUCUCACUACACGAAUCGAAUGACUUGUUGCAUUGACUGUUUUGUUAGGUGAAUGAGGACGAUGUAGAAUUUAAUUUGUGCUCGUUCAGAAAAUUGGCGCUAUGUUAAGAAAUCUGUUUCUCGAAUUCCAUUUCAGACUUGCCCUUCCGACAUAUUCUCGCCAUCAUUGUGUGGCUUUAUUUGGUCACUGGAGGGCGCCCUUGAUGCUUAAGAAAUUACACAAGCGUGAAGAAGAGAGUUAUAAACAGUAACGCUAGCCAUUUACCUCGUCAUAAUUGUAAUCUAGUUUAGCUCUGGCGCGUGACCGAAUAAGUAUUAUUGGUUUUGUCAAAAUUUGUUACUUCAUAUUUUAAAAAAUAAGGUCUUAAGAUGUCAUUGUCUGCGUGUUUUGUGUUUCUGUGCCCCUUGGCUGCUGUUUUAAUGGCUUGCAGAGGUUUUUUUUAAUUGGGUGAUCAGGAAGCCUAUGUCCAGGUGUUGUAAUACUUGGUAACAGCUGAAUGCUCUAGCGUUGAGGGAGGUAAUUGCAGUGUGUGGUGGCAUCAAUUGAAUUGUGCAUAAUGACCUUUUUACCUUGAUUUGGAAAUGUCAGUCGAUUCAAGUUUAACUCAAGAAUGUGGUUUUUGUUUUAAACAUUUAAACUUCGUAAUAAGUAGGUGGAUUUCUUAAACAUUGUGUGUUUAGACAUAGCCAUGAUUGAGUAUACUCACAUAUUUAAAGGUAAUAACAAUGGACUGCAGGACUGUAACGUUACUUCUGUCUGUUGCCAAAAGAGCAGUUUCAAGCACCAGGUGUUGCCAGGAUGUUGAAAAUGAAUUGCCGCCUUCUUCCUGUGCAUUUCAAAUGACUUGUAGACUACAUUGUGGUGUUGGCAAACUUGACACCACCCUAAGGCCUGCAACAUCAAGUAAAUCAACUGCGUUUUGCAGCUCUGGACUAGAAAUAUCAAAGCCGCAACAAUUUGCAUGUUUGAGAAUACAUUUUCCCCUUUUUUCUGGCAACAAAACAGCUGUGUUAAGAUGUUAAAACACCAAACUGAAACCUUUUUACAAGGAAUCAUGUCUGCAUUAACCACGAUACUUGCGAUCGGAAUGCAAACAUAAAACAUACUCUGAUAAUAUAUGCAUUGUUUUUUAAUCAGUUUCACCUAGUGUGGACCAAUCAGUUUAAAAGACAAUGCAUAUAUUAUCAGUGAGUUUUUUGUUUGCAUUCUGACCACAGGUAUUGUGGUUAAUGCAGACAUGAUUCCUUGUAAACUGUUUCAGUUUGGUGUUUUAACGUCUCAACACUUGUUUGUUUGCCAGAAAAAAGGGGAAAUCCUAUUCUCAUAUUUUGGUACUGGCCGAGGAGGUCUCAUGAAAUUUGCAUGUUUGUGUGUUGAACACGUAAGGUUGUAUGCAUGUGUUUGCUAACACUAGAUCUAAAUAUGGUGUUCACCAACCGACUUAAACCAUAUGUGCCCUAUCACUAAAACGUAUUUGCUUAAAUGUUAGUGGAACUUGUAGUGUUUUUUUAGUUGAACACGUAGGCUUUGUAUUAUGCAAGUGCUUGCAUUGUGUUUUGUGUAUUUUGAAUGCUUGUAGUGGCCGAAGUAAACCUGUAGUAAAAACUAUACAAGUGAA